GUCGCGAAAAGCCAGCAGAAGUCAAAACUGGAACACACAAUCCUAGCUCGCGGUACCGAACGAAACGAAGUGGGGCUAAAGAAAAUUUUCGCUGCAUUUUUCAGUGAUUUCCUGUGCUAAAAACUGCCCGUCACUAGUCGCGAAAUGUUGGCCACCGUUGGCUCUGUCCGGUUUCGGUUACAGUGCCGCUAAACGCGUUCGAUUUGGCUGAAAAAUUUGCCCGUUUAUCCAUCGAGUGAUUUUUUUUUGGUAGGGUCUUUCACUUUUCCACGCAGGGCGAGACACAGAAAGAAAGAAUAGAGAGAGGUGCCUGUGUCUAUCUGGCCCUGCUAUCAAGAAGAAGAAGUAAUAGUUUUCUUCACUGUUUGGGAGUCAGUGUGUGCAGAAAGUGCAAUUUUGCGGUAGUGCAUUGGUAGCUGGUACAUAGCGGAAUCAGGAAACGGGUCCGCUGUCCUCAAGUACCCUGCCGGUGCAGAAAAAUGUGCGAUGUUUGUGCGGGGUUCUUGAAUCUUCUGGGGUCAUACGAAGCCCGCCUGGCCAGCAAUGAAACGGAACAUCCAGUAUUUCUUUCAAAACGUGAAAUCGAGGUCGUAAUCGGGUAUAUCCAGUGUUGGCCGGCUCGGCAAUGUAUGUGCUGCUACCGCGAUCCGAAAAACUUUGAGCGGUUCAAUUUAGUGGUGCAGGCGCUCGUUUACUUCACGGUCUAUCAGUUAAAAAAUAUAAAGAACCUCUUGGACAGAGAAGAGCAAAAAACCACUGGACAAGAGGACGGCAAAGAGGAAGUUAGCGAAGGUGGAAAUAAAGAGGACUCUGCUAAAGAAGACGAAGGAAACGAUAAGCCGGAAGGUGUGGAAGAGCAAAAGGAACGGGUACAAUCGCUAGCGGAAGCAACGUUACAGGAUGACUGCUGGACGUUGCUGGAUGUCGAAAAGCUAUUGUUACUUUCGUCUAAAGCCUUCCUCCUAAACUUUCCACUCUAUGUUGCCUAUAAGCACGGAGUCCAUGCGCGGAUGGACGAGAUUUCUCCGCAAGAAGCUCAAACGCUCAGCAUAUUUUGUGAUUUGCACGACAACGAAAUUCCGGCGUUCCUGCUUAGAAAUGUUUCACUUUUUUGCACUUCCGGUGGAUUCGAUGCCAUGAUGAACAGCUUUGAUUAUUCGAAUCUACCAGUGCCGAUAGCCCAUGCCAUAACGGCUGCUAUUUCUAAUCUAAAGCUUUGGAUUAACUAUCGGUCGAUUAUUCAACUGUUUAUUCCAAUAAGGGUGAAAAUACUGCAGUACAUGUGCAAACUGUCCGACCAGGAUUUGAGAUCCCCAGCAACGAAAGCAAUGGCGGAUUUCAUGUGGACUGCCAUAAAAGAUCCUCUCGACUCUCAGAUUACCUUUGAUACGGAAGGCCUCGCCUUGGCCUUCAAAUACUUUACCAGUUCUACUUUAACAAUGCGCCUUGCUGGAAUGGCCCAAAUUAAUGCUCACAUUAAUCUGUUUAAUGAAAUCUGCACCACCGAAACGGUUGCGGAAGUUGAGAUCGUCGGCCAAAAGUUAGCCGAUUGGCUAACGGAGAAUCAAAUAAUAUCCCAUUUAUUUGGGCCAAACCUUCACGUCGAAGUCAUCAAACAGAGUCACAUCGUGUUGAACUUUCUGGCUGUGGAGAAUCAAAUCACUGAAGAUCACAUCUCCCUCAUUUGGCAGGCAGCUCAGUUAAAGCAUUGUUCGAAACCUAUUUAUGACAUCUUGCCAUCCCUGGUUAAAAAUCUAGCGCCCCGCCCUGCUACACAUUUGUACUCGUUGCUCUCUCGGCUGGAUCCUAAGGAGCACACUGAGCAAUCCAUUUAUAUCGCAUCAGCACUUACCAAGCUAAUUUGGGCACGAGAUUGUUCACGAUUAACACUGAUGGAUCUGGCUAAAAGCAACGUUCUACGAGAAGCUGCUGCCGAGGCUGCGGCUGCUGCAGCUGCUGCUGCUCAUGAAGCCGAAUUACCAUCCAGCUCUGAAAAUUCUGUCUCUGUCGACGGCAGCAACAGUGAAGAUGAGCCCCAGGAGGAAGAUAGUUCUGAUCCCGAUCAUCCUGUAGCUAUGGCUGCCGCAGCAGCUGCUGCUGCUGCAGCGGCCUCCUGCCGUUCUCAUCGUGUACAACCUGAUGGUGGUGCGAUCACAAUCCCACCAGCGAUAGCAGGACCGUCCGGUUUGGGACAGAAAAGUUCGGUUGCUGCUGCAGCCGCCGCCGCAGCUGCAGCGGCUGCCAGUUUAAUGGACGCCGACGAGUCGGACUCGGGUCUAGCCUUACCGCCUCCGUGUAAGCAGGCGAGACACAAAAACUGUUGCGACGAAACUACAGAUGACAGCAUCAAGGCCGAUCACGACAUCUAUGACGUGGAUCAACGGUUAAAGGAGAAAAUGCGCCUCCCAUUGAUCAGUCGUUCUUUGGCUGUGGCUUCAGCUUUCAACGAGGAUGCAGGAACCAGUAGCGAAGAAGAUUGCUUGAGCGUGAGCGAGGCUUUUACGGCGAUGCGAAAGAAGAUGCUCCGCAAGAAGCGCAAGAAGAUAAGUGGUUUAACUCGGAAAGAGCUGCAGGAGAUGGCAGAAAGUGUUUCGGAUGUAGAAGAUAGCGAUUUGCUGGCGGCAAUGCUUCCGGACAGCGAUUGCAGUGAUACGAAUCUGCAGAGUUCCGUGUUGCGACACAUGGGGCAUCAUGGCACGGGAGGUCCCGGCGUUUCGAGCUCCGGAGGAAGUGUUGGACCUCCGGUAGGGGAUGGUGUUCCUCCUUUCAUCGGUGCUAUGAGUGAGGGACAUUUGAUAAAUUUCCUCAAUGCUGCUGAUAACGAUGGCAGUUGUUCAUCGCCAUUGAGUAACAAAUCGGAGAAAAAUAUGGGUGAUUUUGACGACGAAGACUCGCCAUGUGAGGAAGAACUAGUGGAAUUGGCAGCAAGGGCACAAUGUUUACAUCAGCAGUUUCCUUUACCACGUUCACGCUCGCUAGGAACAGGAAUGGUCCAUGGAUCAUCGCCACAGGCUCGAACAAAUACACCGAAUAUUACCCUUACCCGAUCACAUCACGAUCAUCUGUCCAGUUCUGGUGGAAGCAUCGGUCCCAUGGCGCAUCCCAUGACACCUAGUGCAUCUAGCAGCGGUACUCCUUCCUCAACUGGUGGGAAAGGAAAACAGGGCUUGACACCGACAACCGCAGGUAAUAAAACUCCACAAGCUCCCACGAAGGAAAUGGUGGGAGUCGUCACUACCAGUGGCAGCUGCGGUAGUGGUGUAAGUGGAGGAGUUCCUUCUUCACCGAGCUUUCGGUUCCCGGACGUCUGUCAACCUGGAAACACACUACUGUGGGACUUGCUGCAGGAUGAUCAGAUUGGACAACUUGGAGAAUCCUUGGCGCUUGAAGCGGAAAAAGUCCUCGGUACGUUGCUUUGCUUCCACACGGACAAAAUCAUCCGCACUCGCUUCAUCGAAGGAUGCCUUCAGAAUCUGGCGGAAAACAAAAGUGUCGUUACAAGUCUAAGAUUGCUGCCCAAGCUGUUCGCCUCCUUCCAGCAGUUUCGAGACGUAACAACCCAUCAGGUAGUUCUGUGGGCCGAACGACAUCACCGAAUGAUGCAACAUUUCUUCAACAAUCUUAAACAUUACACAAAUGGUGCAAAUCGUUCCGGUCGUCAAUCUGGUUCGCAAGAAAUUGUUCUGAAUCAAAACGGAGCACCGUUGUACUCGCACGUGACACAGAUCCAAGUCCGGCUGCAGUUUCUGUCAUCGGUGUUCAGUGAUGUUGGAUCGCCGAGAAACUUCAAACUUACCCUCGGACAGGUUGAUACACUAUGGACCAGCCUAGCAAACGAUCCAGAAUGCAGUGACUGUUUGUUUGCAUGGUUGCAAGGGCAGGUGAAGGGAGGAGAUACUCAUGCUCUCGGAAUCAAUGCGGUUCAGCAUUUGUAUUUGAAGCGACUGUCGGAGCUGAAACCGGAAGGAAUUUCGAUGGUGGCGCUUGGACUUUUCCAGCAGCUUUUCACACUGGGAAGAGAGGAGAUCAUCAGUCAUCCGAACGAGGGACAGGAUUCAAGUGAUUCCAUUGGGAUGGAGCAUCUAUGGAAGAUAGCGCUGAGGGCACACAACACUGAUGUCUCGCUGACGGCUAUUCAAUACAUCAACACCUACUACAUGGAGAAACAGCUCAAGUAUGAGAACCAGUUUGUAGCACAAUGUAUGAAUCACCUUACGCAAGCUGUAGGAGAGCUAACCAGACAAGGCCAAGGGUCAGAAAAUGCUCUGAUGUGUGUACAGCGUGCGCUGAUGUUGUUGAACACUCACUUGGAGACUUUCCGCCGGAAGUAUGCCUAUCAUCUUAGACGAUGGGCAUUGGAGGGGAAGGAAGUAGGAGCUCAUAGUGCUCUACGUAAUGAAGGACUGGGUCCUCCAAUAAGAAUCAUUCUACAACCAGCUGGUGUCCCGGAGAAAUCUAUACUCCAUCUGCAUGCCACCGAUUUGGUUGCCGAUCUAAAGGCCGAGAUCGGCAAAUGGUGGGAAACAGUACAAGGAAUAGUGAAGACUGCACACAAUGAAACUGCCACGCGAACCGGAUCCGGUGCGGUUCUUGGUCUUCUUCUGAGUGAGGGACCUUUACGAAUAAUCACGCAAGGUCAGGAAAUAACUGCCGAAUACGACGAACGAAGCUUAGCUGAUGUCGGCUUUAAAGAUAACCAGAUGGUGUACGUUUCAAUGGGAAGUCGCGGAGGACGCCGAAGAGAUCAUCACGAUCAUCCCUCGAUGCAACCACCACCUCCGAAAGAUUGUCUACCGACGUUGCUUCUACUAAAAAGUCCAUAUUUCGAACAACUAUUUAAGCUGAUGCAAACCUUGGGUGAUAUGAAGCUUGUAGGACCCGGAGGUCGUGUCCAACCGAACACUAAGGCACAACUUCUCUCACGUAGAGUUUGGGAUAUACUCGCAGUACUCCCGACAGCUCCAUCCUUUUUGAACACUCUUAAAAACUUAACUUUUGACUAUACCAACCGUGAGUCGCCAUGUGAGCCGGAGUCAGCAGAUAUUCCGCGCUACAGUCUUGAGGAAAUUCUGGAACCUCGCAAUUUACAAAAGUUCAUGUACUCCUUACACAUUGUCGAAAGUUUGUGCAAGUCCAAGUUUAUGGGAAAUUGCUGCAGUAGUCUCGGAGGAAAUCCCGUUACACCGGGUCCCGUUGGAGUUCCGAUUGCGGCUACUUCCGGUAUGCCAGGGGGAUCCCGAUCGGCAAUCGGAACGAGUGUAGCUAGUGCGAAAAGUUUAUCGGUAAAAAAUCAGCUCAAAUUAAAAAUUUCCACCUCUAAAUCGUUGAAGAUGCAAAACCAGAAAAUGGCAAAACACCAGGCUCAGGUGCUAGCUAUUAGCAAUAGCAAUGUGACAAUGACAUCCCCGGGCAAGAAGAGCUCUUCAUCGUCAGGCAGUGAGAAGAAGAUGGACAUUUCUGUGGGUGAUGGUGAAGAGAAAAGUAGUUCAAGUGAAACGGAAAAUAAAGAAAACAAAACGGAGACCGCAAAGUCGCCGGAAAAGCUGGAGAAAAAAGAGGAUAGAGGAGAUGAACCGUUGCAGGAUGAGACCAUGCCGGCAGCAGAAGUAGAAAGUCGAACCGCAUCCGAGCAACAGCAACGUUCGCCACCGGCACCGGCACCGCAGCCGAAGCUUGCCACCAGUCCUACAAAUGCCUCGCUGGAAUGGAGCGAUCAGUUUAUCCGCUGUGGAGGAUUAGCCCAUCUGUACCGGAUUUUCAUAUCCGGCGUGCUGCAGAAGCAAUCAUCCAACAAAGACGGAGACGAUGUGAACGAGUGGCGCCACGAUUGUUUGGCCAGUUUGCUCCGGAUCCUGUGCUUGCUGGGAAUGGAAGAGUUCAAGCCGGAGAACGAAAACGCCAUCAUCAUACCGAAGCUGAACCGGAACACGUUGCUGUUACUGGAGGUGCGACCGACAUUGGAACGGAUAGCGGCUAUACUGAACGAAGAGUCGCAGCCGUUGAGUCUGCAUCACUUCAAAACGGGUCUAUUUGGGCGUGCUCAGGUCAUUCACUAUGCAAUGAAUUUGUUGGUUUGUUAUGCCCAUUCACUGUCAGAAGUAAGAGCUACAUUAUGGAAGGUAGAGGCCAACCUAGCUUGGGUUCAGCGCCUGAUUUUGGAUGAUCCUGAGCCGGCUGUGCGAAGAGAGGCUUGUGCGGCACUGUACCGCAUGUGCUUAGGAAAUGGUCAGACCUAUUACGAGUUGAUGGCACCGCUACUGUCCAAGUUGGUGGCAUUACUACCACUGGCAGAGAAAAUGCGACCUCAAAUACAGUCGUACCAUUUAUCUCCGGAUGAAGGAAAAGAACCGUAUGGACCAGCAUGUCGGGAUUACUUUUGGCUACUAUGUCGGUUGGUAGAUUCUUUAUCUCCAGAAUUGGUUAAAGAUUGUGGUGGAGAGCUGAGCAGAAAAUCGUCAUCAGCUGGAUCAAUUGGAAUCGAAUCAAUGUGCAGACAGGUUUCAAAUAGCAUUCUGGAUCGAGACUAUUUGGAAGGUCGCCACGGAAGUCCCGAUGAUGGAUUGUUUGGUUUGCUUAACUUGAUGGCAAACUUGGUAAAAUUCGACCCCCAGUUUAAGUUUAGCGACGAGGGUCAGGAGUUUAUAGCUAAAAUAUUCCAGUCGUUGUUUGAGCUUCCAUCGCCGGAGGAUCGUGAGAAACCGAAGUGCAAGAGUCACGGUGCGAGAGCAGCUGCGUAUGAUCUACUGGUAGAAAUGUGUAAAAGUGCUCCGAAGAACUAUUUAAUGCUACAUGGAAAGUUGAUGCAACAGCAUCGUGCUGGUCCACACUCUCCAUAUCCAUGGGAUUAUUGGCCACGGGACGAGGGUCGUUCUGAAUGCGGUUAUGUGGGUCUUACCAAUCUGGGAGCUACUUGUUACAUGGCUUCCUGCAUCCAGCAUCUUUUCAUGACUCCUCAGACCAGAGAUGCCAUUCUAUCCAUCUCACCAGAAGCUCCACAAAAGCACAAGGCGACAUUGUACGAACUACAGCGAAUGUUUGCCUAUUUGAUGGAAUCCGAGCGGAAGGCGUAUUGUCCGCGGUCAUUCUGUCGUGUGUAUCAGAUGGACCACCAACCGUUGAACACUGGCGAGCAGAAAGAUAUGGCAGAAUUUUUCAUCGAUUUGGUUUCUAAACUAGAGGAGAUGACACCGGAGUUAAAACUACUGGUUAAACGAGUAUUCUGUGGGGUCAUCAGUAACAAUGUGGUGUCUUUAGACUGUGGUCAUGUCAGUCGAACUUUGGAAGAAUUCUACACUGUUCGAUGUCAGGUGGCUGAUAUGCGAAAUUUACAUGAAUCUUUGGAUGAAGUCACGGUAAAAGAUACGCUAGAAGGGGAUAACAUGUACACCUGUUCUCAAUGCGGGAAGAAAGUUCGAGCCGAGAAACGAGCAUGUUUCAAGAAAUUGCCACAGAUUCUUUGCUUCAACACUAUGCGCUACACGUUCAACAUGGUUACGAUGCUGAAGGAAAAGGUUAAUACUCAUUUCAGCUUUCCGAUGCGAUUGGACAUGUCCGGAUAUGUGGAGAAGACGUUGAUGCCGCAUCACUACCAAGAAGAGAAACGAAAGUCGGAAUUACGAAGAUCGUCCUCGAGGAACGUUAGUGAAUCGAGCACGUCGGAAGGUGGAAUAUUGACAUGCAGUGGCGAAGAAAGAAGAGACGAGAAGGUCAGUUCCAGUGAUGGGCAAGAAUGCCAAACCGCAUCUUCUUCAGGCUCGGUGAAUAAUAAUGAGGCGUUGGAGAAAGCCGAACUGCAGAAGCAGCAACAAACGCUCGACGAAGAAGAUUCUGAGGAUUUCAACGAACACUAUGAGUACGAUCUGGUGGGUGUGACGGUUCACACUGGCAAUGCCGACGGUGGCCAUUACUACAGUUUUAUCAAAGAACGCAAUGAAGACAGCAAUCCAAACCAUCAGGAGCGAUGGUUUCUGUUCAACGAUGCUGAAGUAAAGCUUUUCGAUCCAUCGCAAAUUGCUGCUGAAUGUUUUGGUGGAGAGAUGACGAGUAAAACGUACGACUCGGUAACGGAAAAGUAUCUUGACUUCAGUUUCGAGAAAACCAAUUCGGCAUAUAUGUUGUUCUACGAAUGGCGUUCGAACAAAGGCACCAACAUUCAACGUGACCAAGCAGAACAUCCGUCUAGCAAACCGUACACAUGCACCUCAUCAUCAUCUUCGUCCGGUUCAACGGCUUCAUCAACUUCGUUAGUAUCGAUCCCUGCAACCACUACUACUAGUGAUCCUACCAUUCAAACUUGCGAAAGUGGUACUAGCAUCAGCACAAACUGCGCUAGCACUUCGUCACCUAAUGUUAGCAAAACGGAGCUCGAAUCCACCGAAGAAUGCAGGGACUCACAAAAAGAAACUACGAAUCCUGGCAGCUCGAACGGCCCCCGUCUAGAAUCAGCACCACUGGCAUGUGACGAAGAGCAGACUGAAAAAUUCAUCCAGAAACACCCCAGUGAAGUAUCAUUGGCAGUAGAUAACCUUAGUAAUCUAAGUAAAUGUGAUAUAGAUGUUAAGAAUAGCAUUAGAAGUGCUACUGCUGCCGUUUCAUCGCUGACACCCAAUGCAUCAUCCUCUUCGCCAUCACCGUUAGCCGCACUGCAGGCAUCUACAUUAGGUAUACUUCCACCAACAGGCCCGCUCCUGGGACCUUCCAUACUACAGUCGCCAUCUUCUUCGGCAUAUUCGUCAAUUUCGUCACUAUCGGCUCUUACCGCUUCUGCCGGCGGAAACGUUGGCCUUCCGUUGAGUGCCGUAGUUCAGCAACCUACGAUUUCCAGUGCCCUCCAACCCUGCUCAUCGACGUCUUCGUCAUCAUCACCGGCAUCGUUAUCCUGUGGACCAUCUCUUGUUGGGCUAAUCGGUCGGCUAGGCCCACCGCCAAAGCGGAAGCGCAAAGUGCUCAGCCAGGAGUUAGAGGAAUGGAUUUGGCAAGAUAAUCGACACUUUUUGCAGGAUAGAAACAUUUUCGAACAUACCUAUUUCAAUUUUAUGUGGCAAAUUUGUGGCCACAUUCCGCAAACAUUACUAGCUUUGCCCGAUAUUACGUGCAUUGCAGCGCAGCUAUCGGUAUCCUUUUUCAUUGAGACGUUCAUCCAUGCGAAAGAGAAGCCAACGAUGGUACUGUGGGUAGAGUUGCUCACCAAGCAGUUCAAUGCCAACCAGGAAGCGUGCGAGUGGUUCCUUAGCCAUAUGUCGGCUGAGCCCUGGUGGCCGGUCCAGGUUUUAAUCCAGUGUCCCAAUCAGAUGGUGCGACAGAUGUUUCAACGGCUAGUAAUUCAUGUGAUACAACGAUUAAGGCAAAGCCACAGCGCACUCUAUUUGAAGGUUGAAACCGAUGAAGAUGGCAACGAAAUAAUCGGUAAUGUAUCGUGCGUUACACGCUUCGUAAAAUCUCUUAUUAUGUUAAUGGAACAUGGCGCUCGGGCCCAUCUUCGACAUUUAUCGGAAUUUUUCGGCCUACUCUAUGAAUUUUCACGGAUGGGCGAGGAAGAAGCUCUUUUUCUUUUACGAAUAAAUGUGAUCCGAAGCGUGGCUGAUUUUUACUUAGGACACAAGGCUCAAGACUGCAUUGAAACCACCUCUGACAACGAAGAUAACUCGUCUGAUGAGGCACUAACCGUGGAUAAAAGUCGACCGGCAUCGCUGGACAAGAUGAUUGCUCUGGUAGCAUCCCUAGUGGAACGAUCACGAGGACCCGAUUUGAGAUUGCAUCUCUCCUCUCGUGAUUACAAUGCGAUCGCAGGUGGAAAAGGUUUCCCUUUUCUGUAUCAACAGAUCAAAGACAACAUCAAUCCACACCAGACGCGACAUCUGAUUCACGCACUUUGUCGAUGUGACGAGCGAUUGGCGGGGCAGAUUAUUGCGAUGCUUUUCACAGCUGUAACAAAACACACUGAACUGUGUGGACCAUUUUUUAAAUUGUUAACACUCUUGACGGAAUCUACUGGAGGACCCUCCGGACUUCCAUGCUUUUCUCAGCUUGUACUGCAACGCGUGUGGGAUGCAGCAGAAUAUUGUCCCCAGUCGGCUUUGGAUUGGUUGGCUGUGCAAGCGCCGCGAAAUAAAAUAGCGCACACGUGGAUACUGCAAUCAGCAGAACGGUGGGUCGAAACAUUCCUGCUGGCUCACAACAACGCUCGAGUACGGAAUGCAGCCGCGUACCUACUGGUGUCACUUGUCCCAUCGCAGAACUUUCGCACUAACUUUAGGGCCACUUCCCACCAUAAGCUAACGAUGCAUGCCUCUCAGCAUAGGGAGAUUUCAUGUGAAGCGCAGCUUAUUUUACAUACUAUCUUGAAUCUUCUGUUGAGAUUGUUACGAUCCGCGCGCAACUACACAGAUAUCAGUGUGCAUGGCACAACCAAGCUAACGGCGUACUUUAAUCUCAUGACGUAUUGUUUAGUGUCAAAAACGGAAAAACUGAUGCUUGGUCCACAUCUUCGAGCUUUGUGGGAAUUGUUCCACCCGCGCCUAUCGGAACCGUCCGUUCCUGCACACCACAACAAGCAAGCACUGCUAGCUUUCUGGUAUCAGGCGACGAUCGACUGCCCCGAAAAUGCGCUACUGGUAGCCAACUGUCCUGACAUCACCAGGAAUAUUGCUUUUAAUUACAUUUUAGCUGACCACGACGACUCGGAAAUCGUUACCUAUAACCGAGCGAUGCUCCCAGUGUACUAUGGCCUGUUGCGUAUGUGUUGCCAGCAGAGUCGUCUCUUAACGCGUCAACUAGCUGCUCAUCAGAAUUUGCAGUGGGCGUUCAAAAAUAUCACGCCUCAUCCGACGCAAUACCCGCUGGCUGUGGACGAAUUAUUCCGCUUGAUGACAUUGUUUGCGCAGCGCCAUCCGGAUGCAACCGAAGCGGAACAACGGGAAGUAACAAUUUUUCGCAGAACGACAUUGACGGCUUAUUUGAAUGGGCUGGAUGCUCGGGUAUCGUGGGGUACGCUGAUAGCGGCACUUCGAAUACUUGUUGACAAUGACGAUGACCGGCUGUUUGUGGUGUUAAACGGAGGUAUCACUUUAUGCUUCGAUGCACUACACACGUUGCAUUCAAUGUACCACGAGGCUACCGCUUGUCACGUUUUCGGAGAUCUACAGGAACUGUUAACUGAAGUGAUAUUGCUGAUUAGCACUUUGCGAGCUAGCUGUCGGGAGCAGAAAAAGCGUCCUCCUCCAGCACUGAUGAAAGGGCUUCCGGAUGCCGUCCGUCGGUUAGCGACCCUUUUAAACACAUUCAACCCACCGGAAAUGCGAAACAUCGCCCUAGAAGUGCUUAAAGAGUUAGUCAAAUGUGCCCCACCGGAGAUUAUCAGUACAGUACUGGUUCCUCUGUUAACUCACUGUCACGCACAGAAUGUUUCACAUGCGAUCAGUCCGCUGGGGUCGUAUUUUCCGAGACGGGGUAUGAAAGCAACCUGGCCACCGGUUUCGAAAAAUACACCACGCCCACCUCGACCGAUGGUGCAGAUGAACAUACCACAGUCGCAGAUUUGCGAGAAGGGACUGGAUAAGGACUUUGACUUGGCACUGGAGCUAUUCUAUCGUCCGUAUCAUGAGUUUUUAGAUAUAAUGUUUCGGGUAGCAGUCACUUCCAGCCAAUUCAACGAAGCGUUGGUACACUUAUCUCUGCUGACUGGGAUCGAAGCGGUGGUUCUCCAUUUCAACAUCUUCGCAAAGUUUUGGGUUGGCAUCUUUAACAACAAAACUACCAACAGGUACUCUGAGCUGCUAAUCAAGAAUCUGUUGCUAGUAGAUUAUAUUGAUGACAUAUUGAGAGACGAGAGACUGUCCUUGAACGAUCCGGUGAUUGCUAACUUUAUUGAGAUAUAUUACCCUAAGGUAAAAUCCCGCCUGGUUGUUCCUAGACUGCUGGAAUCGAUCUGCCAGCUUCUUCCAGACAAAAGCAACCUGGAAGACAUUUGCGGGGAUCUGCAAGCGAUUCGAAUUAUCGGCCAACGUACCGGCAUUCCGGCAUCGGUUAAAACAUUACUGCAGAACUCGCUACACGCGGUACUGCUAAAGUUCAAGGAUGAAAUGUACAGUGAUGAAGAAACACCCCCAAAGAGGCGUAAAAUGACAUCCGUUGCGGUUCAAUCCGGAAGCUUGGUUCAAAUGCAGCAACCGCUACUACGGUCUCCGAUAUCUGAACCGGACGAGCAGAGCGAACAGCAAUCGAAGGAACAACUGAACCGGCAGGAAGAAGAGCAGCCGAAAGAAAUCCAUUCCACAGAGGACCUGAGUGAAGGAAAAGACAACAAUACGGUUCCAGAGAGCAAUCUGUCAUCCGCGACCACGGAUAGUGCUACGGACAGCAGGGAGAAGGAAGCUACAGAAAAUAAUUCUGAAUGGCAGAAAGAGGAUGCAGAAAAGCCCACACUGAAAGAAUCAACAGCAGGGAUUAUCGAUCGGAGUGAAACGGAGGGCGAUCUAAGCCCAUCGGAAGCAGGCGAUCCCCAGUUCAGUAGUUGUGGCAGCAGUAGCAGUAGUAAUAGUGGUAAUAAACCGGUUGAAUUGGAGGACAAGAGUAAAGCGCCCACAGCGGAUAUCGUGGACCAAACAAAGCAGAGACUCUGUGAGCAGGAAUUGUACCAGCGAAAUUUAAUCAAGGACAUCGAAAGUCAUAUCGAAUUGAUAUUCGAGUGUUUGGACGAUGAUGAUGACGAUGGAGGGGAAGUACGAGCGGGAGCAUCUGUGGCAACUGCCACUAGUUCGCUCAGAGUAGCAAUAGCAGAUGAUUCAGAAUUGGAUAGAAGCAGGAUUAGUAGUGGUACGAGUCAGACCUCGUCUGCCAGUUGCCCCAGUCCUAGUAAGAUAAAACGGAGGAAUCCGUCCGGUGAUGAACCUGCCGGCAGUGGAAAUGAGAAGACUGUCGGAAAGGAACCGUCUACAGCCGAAAGAUCGAGAGAAGAAGAAACCGGCAAAUGUGAAUUGUAAGCUGUUUCACGGGACGGAUGGGUAGUAUCAAGUAAGUCGUAUCAAGCAAAGUUUCGGUAAACCAAAAUUGUGAUGUCUUUAAAAAAUAAGAUUUUUCUUUUUUAACCAAAAAUAUAAGGCGAAACGCAGAACUAGGACGACAUGUGUUAGUUUUCCUUUUGCUAAAUUCACGUAAAGUUUUCGGAUUCGAAAAUUAAACAACUAGUUCUUCUUUGGACGAUUGUGGAUAGAAAGUCUCUUGAUGAGAGUGAGUGAGAAAUUUGCAGCGCAGAGUUACAUUUUUACUGUCAGAUAGUAGUUUCCGUAUUUAGGGAAAAGGUGCUCGUGUAUUUUUUAUACUUAUUAAUCACGUUUCUUAUCGAUAUAUAUUUUUAAACAUAUAGUGAAACUCAUUUACGCGGAAAAAUGAACAUAGUAGUAGAAACAUUUAGCGAUUAAGCAAAAUCUGCUAUCGUUUCGUGUAAGUUUUCAUUAUAUACUCUUUAUCAUUGCUGCAUUCUAAGUUUACGGCUAAUUUAAAACAAAAAACUUAUUAUUAUCAUUGAUAAUAUUAUAUUCUAGAUCAUUAAAAGUGAACCCUAUUGAAAAGUGCGUAUUUAUUAAACUAGCUAGUCUACAAAAUGUCCUUAAGUUUUGUUGUAUCAUCCUAUUUGAAUAUAGAAGCAUAAGCGAGGUAGGUGAAGUUGAAAAGCUACAAAAGAAGCUAAUGUCGAGGAAAAACCGAAUUUGAUUUCUCCGUUUAGUUGAAUUGUCCACUCCACUAUGUGAAUGUUGCUCUAAAUUCGCAGAUUUUUUUUGAAAGUCGGAUUCAAUUCAAAGAGCGACUUCCGUCGUAUGACAUUAUUAUUUAUUUUUCUCGGACCAGAUACAGGAAAAAAACGGAUUCAUGAAGCUUAUCUACAGAGGAAAAAAAUCGAAGAGAAUCAGUAGAUCUCCCCCGUAUUAUUUGGUGAAUACAAAUUGUAAUGCCUCCUUUACGAUUGGAAGGAGGAAACGAAUGAAAUUAUUUUAUAAGUGUAGGAGAACAUUAAGAAAUUUCAGAGUACAUUUUCACACAAAAUACAUGCACACACAGAAAUAAAUACAAUUACGAACACUGGAAAGGUGUCAGUUGUUUUUGAAACGUUCUCAAUGUCGUACUGAAUGGAUUUAAAACAGGAAACAACCUACAGCAAAAGAAACAGUAACAUACAGAUGAAAAACAUAUUGAAAACCUCACAUACACACAUUCAAAUAAUCACUAUUAUUCAACGAAAUUCUUGCGUGAAAACAAGAAUAAAAAACAAGUUCAUGUUUUAAUUUUCA